AUGAAUAUUCCCUACUCAAACAAGAAGCAUUUCAACAAUUCUUAUCAUCAUCCCCAACAACAGGAUGAAAAUUUACUCGGUAUGAGUUAUCAAACAACAAGCGUUCAUCCUAUGAAUUUUAAUAAUUCAUUUAAACAAUUCAAGAAUGAACAACAAUAUGGCACCCCUGUAUCGGACAGUGGUUCAAAUUUUGCUUCCAGUUACUCUAGUAAUACUUCUAGCAGUUUUUCAUCUGCAUCCUCAUUGGCAUUGAGCAAUCUCGGUUCAUCAUUCAGUUCUGCUCACUCUACAAGUACAAUGGGAAGCCCUCCUAACUUUUACUAUGGUUCUUCUCCUAAUCCACAUCCUAUUAAUGGCAGUUUAAAUACUUCCCACACAAAACCUAACAUUUUUACUCCUACCAUUACUAGUUCUAAUACUAAUAAUGAUAAUAACCAAACCAUUAAUACCUUUAGCACUCCUAAAAGUGGUGCAACUCAAACCAGACCAAUAGUUCAUUCUAGACCAAUGAGUUGGGAUGAUGUUGGUGAAUAUGCAAGACAAUCUUAUUCAACAAGUUGUAACAGUGGAGGAUUAUUUGUGAAUGAGUUAUCCUCAUCCAUGGAUGAUUUAACACUUGCUUCUUCACCUGGUUUAUUUGGAGGUAGCCAAUUUGGUUCUUCACUUUCGACUUCUUCCUACGCAAAUUCAUUUAAUGAAUCAAAGAUUGACAAUAUGACCUCAUCCAAUCCUAUUGAUAACAUGUUUGUUCGUUCUGUUGUUGAUAAAGUUUUAUCUGAUGAGAAUAAUCAGGAUGAUCAAUUCCAUUCCAAUAGCCUUACCACAUUCAAACCAAGACCAACAAACCAAUUUCAUCAAAGAGCUACCAGUGUGGAUCGUUAUCUUCAUCCUCAACAAGCUUUCAAAAAUACUGCAACACCAGUUAAUAGAAGAACUCUUUCACAAUCAUGUCCUACUGGAAUGGCUCAAAUGAAUGGUGUUGGUUACCAAUUAUUUCAACAACAACAAACUUUAUCUCCUAACACUACUCAACAGGAUGAUUCUGCACAACUUUGCAGAUUUUAUUACUCACCUGAAGGUUGUCAAGUUGAAAAUUGUCCGUUUGUUCAUUCGAAUACUACUUUAAUUGUUCCACAAACACACAAUUCUCACACAAGAGUUCAACAACAACAACAGCCACAGGUUAAAUCCAAAUCUUCCUUUACUGUUAUUAAUUUUGGAAGCAGUAUUCCACAUUCUCCUUCCCUACCACAACAAAACCCUUCCUCAAAUGGUGCACUUCCUAUGGCCAGUGAUAAUUCAUGUGCCACAAACACUCCAAACAGUAACAAUUCCAAUCAAACGGUUCAACAAGUAUGCCAAUUUUUCAAAAAAGGUGAAUGUAAGUUUGGUGACAAGUGCAGAAACAUUCACUUGAAAAACAAGUCGAAAAUUGAUGAACAAAGUCGUAAGAAAUUGAAGAGUAUUAGAUGCAGAUUUGGAGUUAAUUGCCCAUUCGGUCAUGAAUGUUACUACUAUCACACAGAAGCUGAUUUUGAGGACACUCCUUCAAACAAUGGAAAUAAUACUGAUUAAAAUAUCAAUGUAAAUAAUAGCCAACUUGUAAUGUAAAUAAAUACAAAUGAAUCCCAAUUCUUUUC